AUGUCGUUAAUUGAGGGUAUAAAAAAUCUUUUGUCGCCAUUUUAUAAGAAUUUUUUCCUGAUAUCUGACUUUUGGUGAUAAAUUUUUCCUUGUGAGACAUUUGCUCUAAAAAAAAAAUAAAAUUCUAUCAAAUUAAUCACAGGGGGAAAAUUCGAUCAAAAUAUCUGACUCCUCCCCUUCAUGAACGAACAAAAUCAUUGGAAAAAUCCCUAUUUUUUGGGUAAAAAAAAAAUUAUAAAAAAAUAUUGAUAUAUAAGUGAUAAUUAGUAUAAUGAAACCCACCUAAUUCUUUUAAUUUGCAUUUUAAAACAUAAUUUUUGCAAAUUGAUAUUUGCUAAAAAUAUUCGAAUUGUGAUUUUUUAAAAUUUUGAAACAAAAAUUUUGCUAUAAAAUUUAUACUUAAAUUUAAAAUAAUUUACCUCCCUGUAAGCGAAGAAAUUUUUUAAUCGCUCAAGAAGAGGGAGUGAGGAAAUGCCACACGAGGUAAAUAUUAAGAUCAAAUGGCAUGGAGCCAUAUAAAAAUCAACGAAGUUUGCGAUGAUAAUGAAUGAAUAGUUGGAAACAGGAAAAAAGUAAUUGAGGAUAAGAAAAAUGUAAAAAAAAUAAAUGAAAUUUGCGUGAAGUUUUUGUGAAGGGCUGUCAGCUGCAUUUUUAAAAAGAAAAUUUCGAUUUUUUUUGAUUUGUUGCUUGAAAUGAGGUGCUUGCUUAUUUGUUUAAGUUUAACGUGUUGUGUGUCUUCUUCAGCAGGAUGUUUUAGACCGAAUUCCACCCUUUUAACUCCCAACUGGUGACAUCAGCAACCAUCUUUCCCCAGCAAGCAUUCCAGAAUACCUACUAAAAGGGUCAGAAAGCUUUCACAGGCUAUGAUUGACCUCGUAUAAUUCGGACACCAGCUUGUAUUCUAUCUAAGCGCCACUCUCACCUGGUGGGCCAGGAAGUAAAAGCCAUAUGUCUCCUUUCUUCCUUCCAACCGAAUUGCCCUAUAAGGUAAACUCCAUAUCGGUAUCGUGGAUAAAGAUCCAAGUGGAAACUAGCUUUGGGGAGGAAUGGCUGCUAAAGGCAACCAUUUCCAUAUGUAGGCAUUUUAUUAAUAUGCUCGAAAUAAGAUGCAAAGAUUCAAAUGUGCUGAAGUUUUCUUGCAGCAUAGAUAAAAUCCUAAAACUCAAGCAAGAAAUUUUGAAAUUUCAAACUUUCGAUUUCAUAAAAAAAUGAUUUUUGAUGCAUAAAAGUUCUAGAUGUGAAAUUAAAAAUAAAAGUUUAGCUCAAUUCUCAAAUAGAACUAUUCAGAAUUAUAAUAUAAAAUUUUAUGAACUCAUAGAUAAAAUCAUUCAUAAACGAAAGUUAGAAAUCCUUUGAAAUAUCAAACAUCAUUGUGCUAGAUUUUUGGGAUAUAAAAACAGAGAGCUAGAUUCAGCCAAAAGGAGCGCAGUUAAUCGAAACUGUAAUCUAUUGAAGGAAAAUUUUAAUCUUUUUCAAAAAAAUGAGAGAUUUAAAAGCCUGAAGAAAAAUCAGGAGAAAAGAAGCUUUAAUGUUGAAAAAAUAAGAGGAAUUUUUGAUUUAGCAAUUAUUCUUAAUCCAAAAUUAUUAGUAGUCAAAUAUGAAGCCUUCCAGAAACUUUAUCUUAAUUUCAUCUCAACAGAACUAAGCUCUAGUCUCAACUUAAAAUCUCUUAACACUCUCUCCGUGAGUGAAAAAAAUUUUCUUUGUUAAAACAUUUAUAUAUAAGUUUUAAAGUAAAUUUUAUUUUUCCAAAUUUUAAAAAAAUCUCAGAUUCGAGAUAAUUUUUAAUUUGCAAAAUUAUGUUCUAAAAUGCAGCUGUUUAAAAUUAAGCAGAAUUAAUUCUUUAAGGUUUUCGACUUCGAGAAAUCUGCCAUAUAAGGCUGCAUAUCAGAGUGGAUUGAGAAAAUGCUUAUUUAUGAAAAAAAGAAAGUAAAAAUGCUGCCAACUUAUUUUUUAGAAAAUGAUGUAGUCAAAUCAUUAAACUCCACCUAUGUAAAAGAAGAAAGUCGACAAAUAAUAUCGUUUUCAAUGAAUAAAUCUGCCAAAAUGCUGUAUAGAAUAUCUGUCCAUAUAAAUUGCUUUUUCCGAUGCUUACCGAUCUUAUUCGAGCUAGUUUAACUAACUUUUAAUGCGUAAAGCCAAGUCAUAGAAAUAAAAAAUCCAUUAUCUUAAUUUACGAAUUGGUUAAACAAACUCCGAAAUAAUAUUAAAAAAAUUAUCAAAAGCUAUCCAUAUGAUCGAAUUUGCUAUAA